AUGCUGAACCACACCUCAGGGAUGCCCGAUGAAAUUGAAGUCAGUGGCAGGGUCCCAGGCGCCUUCAAGUCUGGGGAAUCCGGGUCAGAUAUCUUUGCAAUGGUCAAGGCCACGAUGGCCAGCAAGACAUUGUCCCAGCCACCGCUGCUUGUGUGGCCUUCAUCCAUGCAAGACGUCAGCAAGAAGGCCGUUCAGACGGCCAAUGGCCACGGGUGUCCCAGUGUCGGGUGUUCAUUGGACACUGCCAGACGUGAUGAGCUUCGAUUGAUGCUAGCCGGAUUCCGCCGUGACUUCCCGCACAUGAAGCGCACUAUGGCAUGGUACCAGAAGAUGGUUGAUGGGUUGGAGGAGGAUAGUGCUAAGGGUCUACCUCAAUUGACUUUCUUGAAGGAUGUUGUUGCGAACAAGAACCUUGGGCAGCAUCUUCAAGAUGUCUUUGGUGGUGGCACUCGCUUGGAAGAGGAAUGCCACAAUCGUGCCUGGGAAGCUAUUCAGGAGUACAUGGACAGCCAUCUCAAAACCUUCAGUGGCAAGAUGAUGGACGGGGAACCGGUUAUCAUGCCCCAGGUGAGGUCAUGGGCGCGCUCAAUAGCCAUGGAUCUCAGUUCAUCUACUGAAGACCAUUGUGUGAUUAUGCUGAUGAGUUGUCCAACAGCUGGCAUAUUGACGGGUCUUCAGAAGUCGUUCAUCAACACCUUUGUCUGCAAUCUGAUUGCAGACUUUCCCCUGAAUUCGUGCUGCUUGUUGGUGCAUCCAAACAGGGCUGGCCAGUCAGAUACAAGGACUGCGUGGAAGCCUGCAGCAAAGAAAGAAGAAGAGGAACCUCCUGCAGUCAAGGAUCAAGACCAGGAAUCCGACGAUGAGUCCGACGAGGAUGAAAAGGAUCGUGAAGAUGUUGAUGUAAGGGACAUCCGCUACAAGAUAGAGACCCAGUUCGCCCUCAAAGAGAAAGGUUUGAAGGUCCGCAAUGUCAGCCCAGCGAAGAACCGCGGCUUGCCUCAUUUGGGACGAGCAUUCACUGAUGUGCAGGAAAUGCGUCAGGAGGGGACUGAAGUCAUGCAAGACAGUGCAUUCACCCGAUGGUUCAGCUUUGCGGUGGAUUCUUCAACCUACAUCAUCAUGGAAAAAAAGUCGAUGCCAGAGCAUCUCCAACAGAUCGACAACCUUGACACACCAGUGACGCUUCAAAGUAUGGUUACCGACAUGCAAGACUUGGGCGAGGUAAAGCUGGAAGUCAGCCACCACGCGUUGAUUGAUGGCCAUUGGAAAAGCUCCAAGCCGCUGGUUUUCGUGUUGGACAACCCGCCAGCACCAGAUGGAAAGGCAAAGAAGAAGGAACAAGGAUCCGGAUUGACCCUGAAAAAUCUUGGCGGCGCCUUGGACAUUGGCAAGGUCAAGUCUGCCACCAACAUGGUUUUGGCCUGGAGAUGCCGGUGUCUCGCACUGCUGUUUUGA